GGGCGCAGAGACAUUCCUCCUUUGCUGAUGGAAAAAAAAGAGAAAGUUUCCAAGAUGGCUGCGUAGCCCUGCCUGUCCGCUGGAAAACAAUAGAAGCAGCGCAGAGGGACAGACUCAGCCCGUUCUUACCGACGAACACACUCUGAAUCCCCGCAUAUCCCGACUCAGGCUCGUCCGGGAAAAGGAUUAUCCGCGGCGGUGACUCGGGAGAAAUAUAAUUAAAGUAAAAUGAUUUAUUUAAACGUUUGAGGCUAGCCAACCCUGCUAGCCGAGCUAACGUUAGCUCGUCUAUCCAAAACACAGCAGCUAGCGGCUAACGGCUAGCAGGAGGCGGAGGAUCAGCUGUUUGCUACACAGAUGCUGUAGGAAGAGCGGACGGCAACACUCUCACAUGAAUGCCGCUGUGACUGAAGGCCAUUAGCAAGACAAAGGUCCUCCAUGGAGCCAGCACAGGAGUCUUUGUAAAGGGCGAGGGGGGGUGAAAAAGAGCCAGAUUCAGCAUUUUAUGGACGAAACCUGAGCCGGGAGUUUACUACCAGUCUUUAUUGAUGAUGGCGGAUUUUGUUACACCGCGACACAGCGCGGUGAUGGAGCGGCUCCGCCGGAGGAUCGAGCUCUUCCGGCAGCAUCACAACAGCUGCGAGAACCGCUACGAGAACGCGACGCUGGAGCGGCUGGAGCUGGAGAGGCAGCAGACCUUCGCCCUGCACCAGCGCUGUCUGCAGGCCAAAGCCAAGCGGUCCAACAAGCACCGGCAGCCCCAGACCAGCAGCGACCAGGCCGGCCAGAGAGCUCCGGGAGGCGGCGGCGGCGGAGGAGGAGGCGGCGCGGAGCACGGAGAGAGCGGCGGGACGGCGGCGGAGCAGAGCCGGAACAGCACGCUGAUAGCGCUCCAGGAGACGGUGAAGAGGAAGCUGGAGAGCGCUGGUUCUCCGCUGGGCAGAGAUCAGGUCAACGGUUACAGCGACGGCUUCCCCCCCACCAAGAAGGCCUGCCUGGACAAUGGCCCCGCCAACGGCUCCCCGCUGGACUCCAAGGUGGGCAUCAGCGACUCGCUCAGCUCCAACGGGACCCACGGACCGGGGGCCGAGGCGGCGGACGGCAGCGGGGAGCCGGGGUCGGACUUCCAUCGGAAGGAGAUGAAGCAGGAGCCAGACGACAUCCUGCCCAUCAUGCCUCCAUCAGGCGGCAACAACAGCCUGUUCCCCGACCUGAACCUCAACGAGCAGGAGUGGACGGAGCUGAUGGAGGAGCUCAACUGCUCCGUGGCCUACGAGGACAUCCAGGACAUUCUCAACGAUGGCUUCGAGGACCGCAAAGACCCGCUGGAGCUGGCGCCCACUCCUGGUGGAGGAGCAUCGGUGGGAGGAACAUCAGGAGGAGGAGCAGCAGGAGGAGGCCAGUCUUCGGGGCUCCUGCCUCCAGAUCUGGCCAGCGUGAAGGCCGAGUUCUCCCCGGCCUCGGCCGUCUUUGAACAGGACUCUCGGACCGCCUCCCCUCAUGUACGGUCCACCUCCUCUGGUCCUCCUCACCCCACCAGCUCCCCUGUUGCCUCCUCCUCUGCCUCCUCUCCGGCUCUGCCCCCCUCCCAGCCGGCUCCUCCCCCCAGGCAGCUGCAGCCUCCUCCCAACCACCUCCUCCCUCCGGGGCCCCCGGGGCCCCCGGGGCCCAAAGACCUGUCCCCUGCCCAGCAGCUCCAGCAGCUGGCCGCCCAGCAGCAGCGAGCCCAGCACCUCCACGGCCAGAUCCACAAGCAGCCGCAGCCAGGGGCCAAGUUCCACAGCCAGGGGCCCCAUGCCCACCCCUCGCCGUGGCCCCAGAUGGCCAACACCUCUCCGAGCCCAGCAGGGGGCGCCUUUGGUAUGGACAAGCCCAGCAGCCCCUCGCUGUACCCGCAGGACUUCAACCCCCAGAAGCAGCUGCUGAUGCCCGGUCAGCCCAACAAGGGCUCUCCCAAGGCGGGGGCCGGCAGCUACAUGCAGGGGCCCUCCGGACACCCCAACAUGCUGGGUCACCUGACGUCGGGGCCCCUCAGCCACCCGUCGGCCGCUGGAGCUCAGGCUCCGGCCGCCAUGCUGAACUACAACAACACCAAACCUCUGUCACACUUUGAGGCAGGGCCCGGCCCCCCGCGGCCCCCAGGCGCCCAGAACCAGAACAAGGCAGCCCUGCUGACGCUGCUCCGACAGCAGCAGCAGCAGCAGAUCAAGCAGAAGAACAGCAUGAACUUCAGACAGCACAUCCCUCACUCACAGGACCAGAACUCGUACCCGGCUCCUCCUCACGGCCCCGCCAACGCCAUGACGUCAGCCCCUGGAAACAACGGCAUGUCGGCCCAGCAGGGGGCCAGCGCCAUGGUGGGGAACCAGGCGUACCUGAACAGCCAGGUGGCAGCGGCUCUGAAACAGCAGCAGAUCCUGGAGCAGCAGAAGCAGCAGCAGUACAUGCAGAGGCAGCAGCUCAUGGCUGAACAGGAGAAGCAGCGACAGCAGGACCAGCAGCUGCAGAGACACCUGACCCGACCUCCCCCUCAGUACCAGGACCAGCCGGGACCGCCGGCCAAUCAGAACCCGUUCCCUCAGCAGCCAGUCAACCAGUUUACAGCGUCCUCUCAGCCAAUGAGCAGCGUCAGCUCCAUGGGAGGCCCCGCCCCCAACUCCCGUAUGUUCCCUCAGACCCAGAGCAUGCUGGGAAUGAACAUGGGUCAGACUGGGGGGCCGACGGGAGGCGUGGCUCCACCCCCGGCCGCCAGCCAGGCUGACAUCAGUCUUCCUUCCUGUGGAGGGGGCGGAGCCAGCUACAGCAGCAUGAGUCUACACCCCGCCCACCCGCCCCAGCAGGCUGCCCUACAGCGCCAGCCGCUGGGCGCCAUGAGCGCCCCCUACAGGCAGAACCUCCUCCAGCAGCAGCACCUGAAGCCCAACGCCGCCAUGCUGAAGCAGCAGCAUCUGGCCGCUGCCCGCAUGCCGGGCUCCAUGCAGGGCGGUCCCCCCGGUGCGAUGCCGGGCGGGAUGACUGGCGGUCAGAACGCCGCCUGGCAGCAGCAGCUCUCCAACCAGCCACCCUCCAGCCCCGCAGGCCUGCCGCCCAACGCCUUCAGCCCCCCCACCGCCUUCCACCCGCAGCAGCAGCGCAUGUCCAAGAUGACGCCCGGCUCCGCCCCUUUUGGAGCAAACCCUGCUGGACGUCCAAUGGGAGGUCUUAACACCGGGCAGCAGAUGAUGCAGACAAACAUGGCCACCGCCCAGCAGAGGGCGCUGCCCACCCCCCAGAGCCUGGCCAAUCAGCAGCAGGCUCAGCAGCAGCAGGCCAAUCAGAACCAGGUCGUCCUCUCUGACCUGGCAGCAUUCGGACAGCCGCAGGGCAACGGUCGCCAGGGACUGCAGUGUAACCAAGGAUACCAGGUGAGCAGGACGGCCAAUCAGCAGCAGCAGCAGGUGUCGUUUGGAUACAAUGUGGCAUCAGGAAGCUUCGCCGCCGAGAGCGAGCUGGUGGACUCCCUGCUGAAGGGCCAGAGCACCCAGGAGUGGAUGGCCGACCUGGACGAGCUGCUGGCCAGUCACCACUAGCUGCACCCGGGCCUGCAGCACCCGGGCCUGCAGCGGUUAGCGUUAGCUUCGUUCUCCGUCUCUCUGCUGUCCAGCAGUGGACCAUGUAUUUGUGAUCCGACUGAAGCUCCGGUCAGUAGAAACAGAAACAGGAAGGAGGGUCAUCAGAGAACAGCCAAUGAGCAGCCAGGGCUCAGAGGGCAGUCAGCUCAGUGGAUCAGCUGACCCACAGCUGAGCAGAACCAGAACCACACUCCUGGUGGAACCAAAGUCUCCAGAAACCAGUAGAAACCAGUUGAAAGCCUCCAAUACGGCAAUGAUUGAUCCGUUUCUGUCUUUAUUGUUAAAGUAUGAAAUAAUUGUUGUUGUUUGUGACAAAGAAAUGAUGAAUGUUAAAAAUAGGAUAAACUAAGCAGCCGAUAAUGUUUUUUUUGUUUUUAAAUCAAAUGUUUAACUUCAGGAGGUGGAGGUUCUGCAGGUUGUUUCCUGUCGUCCAGGUUGGUUUCUGUGAAAUUAAAUGACACAUUUAAUUUUACAGCAGGAAUAAUAUCAGAUAUUCUCGACAGUUUCUGAUCAUUUAACCUCUCAUUGUAUAAUUACGGAAUCAAACCCAAACAGAAAACAAUUGAAACCCACAAAUGUCUGUAAAUCUGCUCAGAAAUGAUUUAAAAUCAGUGUUUGGAGCUACAGGUCACUUUAACCUGCUGCUGCUUUUCUGUUUAUUAGAACUUAAAUCUACUUCUGUUGUUACUUUAGGUUUUACCUUUGUCACCAUAGCAACAGAACAGAUGGAAGAUGUUCCUCUAAAGGUAGUCUGAGUUACCAAGCCAUGGUAGACUGGUGCACACUGGUUCGUACUGGUUUGUACUGGUUUCAGACUGGUUCGUACUGGUUUCUACUGGUUUCUUCCAGGAGUGUCAGCGUGUGUUGCUGCAGUCUGUGUACAUGGGGAUAAUGGUGUGUCUGUAUAUAAAUCUAUAUAAAUAUUUUAUGGAUUGAGUGGCACUAAGACUACUACUGAACCACUGUACUUGCCCCCACAGCGCCACCUAGAGGCGGUCAGCUUGAAGGAAACCAGUAGUUGUUGUUUUAAAGGACCACUCUGUGUUUUUCUACAAGUUUUAAGGCAGAAUUAGACUUUUUAAAAAAAAAGUGACUCCAAACUUGAACCUGUCUCUGUAUUUACUAUUAACGCCAGCUGGUUUUCAUUCUGUAGGGAAAUAUAUGCAAACAAGUGCUGCUGGACAUUUAAAUAUGUGAAACACUCCAGCUGGUUGUUCAGGAACUGAUGUGCAGUCAUGAGGAGGGAUUCUCCAUUAAAUAUCUCUCUGCUGGUGGCUGUCUUUAAUGAGACGAUUCUCCUCUAUAUUGUGAAUAAAAGCUGCAGAAACAUUCAUUCUGUUUAAAUGAAAUGCUUAGAUUCAUUCUUUAGUCCAUUCAGAAUCCUCCUGUUGCUGUAAAACCUCCAGAAACAGAGAAGUGGUCCUUUAAAACGAGAUAAAUGAGCCGUAGACCAGCUCUGCUCUGCCUCUGAACAGCCUUAAACGUCGCUGAAGGCUUCCUGCUGCAGGUUGAAUCUGCAGCGUCUCUUUUUCAACACGUUCAUCUGUAGGAGAAAAAUCCUUUAGAUCUGAACAGGACGGCUGCUGCUGUGUUGUCUUAUUUCAGUUCAUACACCAUGUUAUAGUUCUCAUGUCGACCUUUUUCUGACCUUUUAGUGACAAAACUGAAGAUAACGGACAGUAAAAAAUGAAAAUAGUUGCAGCUCAAACAGCAAAAUGUUUCUUUAAUCUUCAAAUUCAGGAUUUUAUUUCCAGUAACGUGAUAACAUUCAAUGUAACGUUCCCAGUUUGCAUCAACAAGUUUGAUAUUUACUGUUUAAAACUCUCCAACCGACGCUGUAGUCCAGAAAAUUAUCAACAGAUGUGAGAAAAAUCAGCUGCAGCUCUGGUUGGUUUAGAGAUAAAGAAAUGAACCUUCAGAUCUUCUGUCUGUGAAUUUACUGGAGUUAAAACGUCUCCUGGAGUUUCCAUCAAACACCUCGAAGACUUAAAGCUGCUCUCAUCAAUUCAGACCAAACAAAUCGAUUAUUAAUCAACAAUAAUCAGUAGCUGCAGCUCCAUAGAAAUGUGAACUUUAAUUAACAUUAAAAUGCCAGCAUCAGAUCUUCUGUUGGACUGAAUUUAAACGUCUGCUGGAGUGAAAGACUUACAGCUGCUCUCAUCUCUUUAAUCUGUUCACGCUGAGUCCACACGGUUCUCACUGCGGGCGUCUGCGUGGUCCAUUCUUAGUUCUCCUUUCUGUCCAACCCCACACCUCCGUCUGUCCUGUUUAAGGUGGACCCGUUAGCAGUCGUCCUGUUUAAGGUGGACCCGUUAGCGGUCGUCCUGUUUAAGGUGGACCCGUUAGCGGUCGUCCUGUUUAAGGUGGACCCGUUAGCGGUCGUCCUGUUUGAGGUGGACCCGUUAGCGGGCGUCCUGUUUAAGGUGGACCCGUUAGCGGUCGUCCUGUUUAAGGUGGACCCGUUAGCGGUCGUCCUGUUUAAGGUGGACCCGUUAGCGGUCGUCCUGUUUAAGGUGGACCCGUUAGCGGUCGUCCUGUUUAAGGUGGACCCGUUAGCGGUCGUCCUGUUUAAGGUGGACCCGUUAGCGGGCGUCCUGUUUAAGGUGGACCCGUUAGCGGGCGUCCUGUUUAAGGUGGACCUGACAGCGGUCGUCCUGUUUAAGGUGGACCUGACAGCGGUCGUCCUGUUUAAGGUGGAGCCGUUAGCGGUCGUCCUGUUUAAGGUGGACCUGCCGGCGGUCAUCCUGUUUAAGGUGGACCUGCCGGUGGUCGUCCUGUUUAAGGUGGACCUGACAGCGGUCGUCCUGUUUAAGGUGGACCUGACAGCGGUCGUCCUGUUUAAGGUGGAGCCGUUAGCGGUCGUCCUAUCUACUGUAGUGUUGUCGACUUGUUCAUACGUGUUCUUUUGCAGACCUGUUGUGUAUUUUACUGGUAGCGUUCUGCUCAGCGCUGGUUUGGGACUGGUUUCGUGUUUCCGGACCUUUCUGGGUUGAAGUGUUGUGAAGGGGCUCUGUGUAAAUGUCUAUAAAUAUAUUUUUUGUAUGUAUGCCUUUCCUAAUGACCUGAAGAAGAUAGAAGUUAUUUUUAUAUAUUGCAGCGGAGUUUUUGUAAGUAUUUUAUACUUUUGAUAUGGUUCUCUGUAAAACAAGAGUAUUAUGUAAAUAUAGUUCUUUAGAAACAA